CAGGUAUUAAACUGCUGCCCGGCCGACGGAGCCACAGACGCAGCACCGACCCCAGAGGAGGUCCAGAGGAAUCUCUCUCUCCGCAGGACCAGGACCAGGACCAGGACCAGGACCAGGACCAGGAUCAGGACCAGGACCUGAGCUCAGCAGCAGCGGACUCCAGGAGGACGAGGAAGAGGAGGAAGAGGAGCUGGGCUGAAGACAUGUUGUCUCUGAGCUGCGUCGACCCGUGGCCCGAGGGCUCGGUGGCGCUGGAGGAGGAGGUGGUGACCGCCGCCGCGCAGGCGGAGGAGCGGGACAGCGGCGGCUCCGUCUGCCUGGACGACAGCCUCACCAGCCUGCAGUGGCUGCAGGAGUUCUCCAUCCUCGGCGCCAACGGGCCGCAGCAGCAGGUGCAGGUGCACCACCACCUCCAUCACCAGCAGCAGCCGCCGCACCUGUUCGGCCGUCAGGGGUCGUCGGACGCGCCGGCCUCCCCUCUGGCCGGGGACCCCGCCUCCAUCGGGACGCCCCUGACCCCGGGGAAGCCCACGGCCGCGGCCUACAGCCGGAUGCAGUCGCUCCCCGGGAUCGUGGCCCACGGCCACUGUCCAGACGAGGUGGACUACAAGACCAACGCGCACAUCAAGCCGCCGUACUCGUACGCGACGCUCAUCUGCAUGGCGAUGCAGGCGAGCAAGAAGAGCAAGAUCACUCUGUCCUGCAUCUACAAGUGGAUCACAGACAACUUCUGCUUCUACCGGCACGCAGACCCCACCUGGCAGAACUCCAUCCGACACAAUCUGUCGCUCAACAAGUGCUUCAUCAAGGUGCCGCGGCAGAAGGACGAGCCAGGGAAGGGGGGUUUCUGGAAGAUCGACCCGCAGUACGCCGAGCGCCUCCUGAGCGGCGCCUACAAGAAGAGGCGAAUGCCUCCGGUCCAGAUCAACCCGGCCCUGCAGAACAGGCUGCGAGUCAACCUCCAGCCCCCGUCCAGGGGCCCCUGCAGCCCCGCAGGAGGUCCCAUCGGCCUGUGCAUCAAUUCAGAGUCCCAGCAGCUCCUCCGGGAGUUUGAGGAGGCAACGGGCGCCGACCAGAACUGGGACCCCCAUCUGGCCGAGGGGACCAUGCUGGGAUCCUGGCCGGUGGUCAGGGGAAGAGGUGGCGCCAAGAGGAAACAGUCGCUCAGCUCCAGAAAUGGUGCAAUCAAAGCCCCCCGGCGCUCCAGCUCCCCACUGCUGUCCGUGGACGAACAGAAGGAGAUCGGGCCCCUGAAGGGCGACUUCGACUGGGACGCCCUGCUGGACUCAGCCCUCAGCGGGGAGCUCAGUCUGGAGGAAGGAGACCCCCUGAGCCCCAUCAUGAAAGAGGAGGACUUGACAGUGCGAGGGACCCACGUGUCGCCCGUCGAAGCCCCCGCGGGGACGUCGGACUUCCACGUGCUGGUGGAGACCCAGAGGAGUAAUGACGUGUCGGACUUUGACGAGGAAACCUUCCUGGCCACGGCCUUCCUGGAGAACCCGUGGCCCGAAGAGGAGGAACAAGGCCGCAACGACUUCCUGUGCAGCUCCAGCGUCAACCUAGAGCAGCUGUUCGAUCUCGGAGACUCGCUAGGUGUCGACUCCGGCACCAGGAUCGACAGCCUCCUCUGAGGAACAGUCUCCAGGUUCCUCUUCCACACUACAAACCCUCCGAUGUGCUUCUGUGGAAUACAAGACGGUGUUUUUUUACGCUCACGCAGCCCUUUGUCCUUGUUGUUAAAGUAUUCUUCAGAAUGACAUUUUGAUGCUGACUCUCGCAGGAUGUACGAUCCCGAUGCCACAAUGUACAACAGGGAACAAACUCAACCGCGAGGAAUCACUUUUCACCAACUGCUACUUUCAGAGUAAAGGUCUGGUCACAGAUAAAAUCCAUCCCAGAAACUUUUCUCGCUGUUCGCUUCAUUUUUUACUCUCAGGAUUUUUACAUCAUUUCAUUCAAUGAUGAGUUUUAUUGAGGAACAAUUGGCUAACAAGCUUGCUAACUGUCAAUUAGCAACAUACGUGUGUUCAGAGAGCUCGCUGCAAAUUCAUCCCUGUGGCCAACUGUGAUACUACAACAAAAUAUUUUUUUGCAACUACAAACAAGGCAAAUUAUUACAUUUAUAAAUAUAAUAACAACAACAACAACAACAACUAUUAUGAUUAUUAGUGUUAUGAAUUUAAAAUCAAUGAAAGUUUUAAAUCUGUAAACAGCUGAGAAGCUUCUUAUGAGUGUGUGAUGUCAUGUGAGUGGGAGAAACACUGAUAAUAAGCACAACACAAAAAUUUUAAAAUUUAAAUUUUGGUUCAUAAUUUGGCAUUCGAAUGUUCUUCAAGUGAACAGACACCAUGUUGGAAUCUGGUAUCCAGUUUGUGUAAUACGGGCAUUUUAAUGAACGAGGAAGCACUUAGCAAGCUUGUUAGCUUGUUAGCUCGUUAGCUGUCCGCUUACAGGAAAAUAAUCUCAAAGAUUUCAUUGUAAAGACGUAUUUGUUGCAGGUUCCUGUGUUCAAUAAUAAUGCUUUUAUAAUUCUAUGUAACAUCUUUUAAACCGUGAUUAGAAGAUGACGAUGAAGAAGUCAGAGUAACAUCUCAACAUAUCAAUAUGCAACCUGUUCAUCUCAUUUCAUCAGAGCAUCACACUGUUUGUAUCUGGUUUCACUUCCUGUUCUUCACAUUCUCCCGACAUUCUGUUAAACGCGGCGUAAUUACAACAACAUCCUCCAUUUUGGAAUAUUUCGGCUCCGUCCUAAAUUAACAUGUCGGAUUUUGACAAAUAUUGCAGCAGAUCUGAGGUCGGUAAAUCUGAGUUCUGAGGUGAAAUGGAACGCAGCGUUAACUUCGAGGUGACGGAGAAGAAGAAGAAGUCACGAUCUGAGUGAUAAUCUGUUCUUCAGACAGGAAGUGAAACGUGGAGUCGAAACACGUUUGUUCUGUAAAGAAUGUGACAGCAGCACUACGACGACUAAUCAUGAGAUAUUUGCCAAAUGAUGCUGUUUGGUGUAGUGAUUUACUGUGUUAGCGUUUAGAUUCUUUUCCUUUUUGUUUGCGUGCGGUUUUUGGGUACUAACUUUUCUCUGUACACGUUUUUCAAGAAUGAAUAGGACCAGUUUACCUGUAGAUUGAUAGUGAUGCAGGAUAUGUUUUCUAUUUUCAAGGGUUUUUUCUAUUUUUUCAAGUUUUGCUUGACGUCAGACGGAGAUAUUUCCUGUAGAAAUAACUUCUCUCUUUGACUUUCUGUAACAGAAGAGUUGAACAGUAGAUACGUCUGAGCUUCGCGUCUUCAAAACCGCUUGAAAAUUCUCCAGCAAACCAACGAUCAGGACUCGAAACGACCUCGUCAAUGAUCACCCGACCUUCUUUGUGCCAAGAGCAGCUUGGGACGUGACGGGCGUCAGAGUUAUCAUGAGGCUGUUUAGUGUUUUUCUACGAGCAGGAAAUGUUUUUUCUUUUGUUUUGUCCUGGAAAACUAAAUCCUGAUGCAUGUCGGGUGUGUGUCGUCUGAUGAGGACUCAAACAGAAUCACUCUUUUAAAACAAGUCUGAACAUUACAGAUACAGGAUCUCUAAAAUGUGUGAAAGUGCAAUCAAUGUACAGGACAGUGAUACUUGUUGUUGUCGGGUGAAUUCACUGUUUUGUGGACGUUGAGGUGUGAACUCCCCGACCGGACAAAGGACUUUGUGUAUUUCAGUAGCUCAUCUCCAUCAAGUAACAUCUACGAACCACAGCGACGGCGUCUUACCUCACGGUUGGUUCUGUUAAGUCAGACACACUGUUUCUAUUCUUUUUUCCUGAUGUAUGUUUUACUUUGCCGUUGUUUUUAUUCUAUUUUCCACUUAUUCUUUGACAAUAAAAAAAGCUUUUCUGCAUUUA